AUGUUUGCGCUCGGCCUUCCUUAUUCCCUUGCACGGGUUGUCAUGAACCGGCACUUUUAUGGCGCAGCCCACGGCGCCUGUGUCGAUGAACUGGCGUGUCGUCGCGAAUUCACAUAUCAACGCUACGGCUUGACAUACUCUAGAGACUGGAGAGCCCGAAUUAUUGAUGAUCAACUGAUGUUGUCAUCAAUCAUGACUUUGGGCCCUUUACGAGAUUCUGAGGGACUGAGGGCGGCUGCCGAAGCGGACUUGGCUGCUGUUUGUCAUCAUAUCACAACCGACGUCUUGUUCUCUCAUCAUCAGAUUCCCGAACAAGUUCUACUCGGCCAAGUUCUACUCGGCUCUCAGCCAGAUCACAUCACCCAACGUCUUCAAUCCGUCAAUUCCUGCCCUAUAUGCAUGACAGACUAUUGCAUUGACAUUCAUUGGCAGGAAACAGGUUGGACAAUUGAGAUUAUCACAUAUAAUAUGCUAGGAGACAUGCGAUCGCCGUGGGAUUGGACUUGGAUCGCCAUCGUCUAUAUGCCUGACAAGGCCGUCAGGAUACCCCGAUUCAAACAGCCAUCAGAAAACCAGCCGGGAAUUGUGAAGCAUAUGUGGAGCAAAUCGGAUGAUGAUAUAUUUCAUCCCAGGGGAGAAUGGGUAACAGUCACUUAUAUUCCUGUUAUUGAAGUAAUUACCAUGGAAAUCUGGGCUACUGCUACUACUGCUACUACUGCUACUACUGCUACUACUGCUACUACUGCUACUACUGCUACUACUGCUACUACUGCUACUACUGCUACUACUGCUACUACUGCUACUACUGCUACUACUGCUACUGCUAUUACCUACAUUUCUCGUGUUGUAGUUGGUGUUUUGAGCACUGGGCUCUCGAGUAUAUGCCCUGUUGCUUGUGUCGAUAAUGCUGUUGAUGUGCUAUGA